AUGGGUCCUUCAUCUGUCUUUGACUUCAUUCUUCUGACUCUGUCCUUGACCGCGUCCACAAGUGCUGCUCUUGGAAUCAACUGCAGAGGUUCCGCCAAUUGCAACACGUUUGGCAACAACCAGAUAGCUGCUCAACUUACCCAUGCUAUCUCCGGCAUCGACGGCAACCGAUGGUACAAUAACGGUGAUCACAUCGCCUGCGUUGGCUCUGGCGCUCCAAUCACUGGUAACGGUGGGUUCUGUGCAUUCUUGCAGGGCACCGGCGGUACAAACGGUGCCAAGAUCAAGGAAUUGGCCCACUACAUCCCAGAACAUGGAUGCGGUGCCUGCGGAAGCGUUCCGUACUUUUACCCUGGAGAUAACAAUGUCGCGCAUGGUGAACUUACGUUCAACUACGUUUCAAACUCCUGCACCAAGGACGAUGCUAAAUUGUGUUAA